GCAACAUUAUCCAAAAAAAUUGUUGAGCAACUGCCAAGAUCUGAAAUUCCGUUUGAGUUUAUGAAGGCUUGUUAUGGGUCUCUGAUUUUGCCCAAACUUGCUGAAGGUGUUUCAAUGACUUGUGAAGUCCUCAUGAAAAUGUCUGGACAAGGCUGUGUGUAUGUAAGAUUACAAGAAGAAUUGAUUGAGGAAGAAUCUGCUGAGGAUAUCAUGGAAGACUGCAUUUUUGAUGAUGAAAAUGAAAAUGAUAAUGAAUCAAUGGGACCAUUAAACAACAAUGACUCUUUCAAUGAUGAUUAUGUUAGAGACAGCAAUGCAAACCAACCAUCAGUUAGUAACUUCCAGGAAGCCCAUACUAUUGUGAAUGAAAGCAUUAACAAUAGGUCAUCCAAUUCCACACUUGAAGAAUUUCUUCAGAUUCCUGCAAAUGAUGAAUCCCAGAUUGAAGUGACACUUCCAUUAUCAGAGCCAGAGGGUAACUCGCAAGAAGCUCCCAUUGUUAUAGUUGAUGAAAACAUUAACAGCGAAUCGUCAAACACCGAGACCGAAGAACAACUGGAGACCAUACCAAUAUAUGAAAUUGAAAUAUUCCAUCGUCCAGUACGUGAAAUUUCCAUACGAAGAAGCGAUGUUCUCAGGUCAAUGAUAUCAGAAUUCAAAGAUACUGACGUUCUGAAAUUUAAUAUAAUUUUCGUAUUUAUCGGAGAUAAUGGUCUCGUGAAAAAAGGAAGAGGAACUGGAGUCACACGUGAGAUACUGAGUCUUUUUUGGAGCGAAUUCGCUAUUGCUCUGUCGGUUGGAUCAUCUGAGAAAGUUCCGUCAAUUAGACAUGAUUAUCAAACUCCAGAGUGGCAAAGUGUGGCUAGGAUUCUUACGUUUGGGUUUAAAGAGGAGGGUUAUUUUCCUAUUUACCUUUCAAGAGCCUUUAUUGGGAGCUGCCUUUUUGGAGAGGGUAGUCUUACCGAAGAAUGUCUUCUCGAUUCCUUCAAUGCGUAUGUUUCUAAGGAUGAACAAGACACCAUUAAUAUGUGUCUGAAGGAUGAAAUCAAACCUAACGACAAAGACGUUUUAGAAUUCCUGAGCAGUUACAAGUGUCAUCGUAAUCCAACUAAAAACAAUUUUUCUAUCAUAUUGCAAGAACUAGCACACCAAGAGCUAGUCCAAAAGCCCCGAUAUAUUGCAAAUGCAUGGAGUGAAGAAUUGAUGUCCUUAAAAGGCUUUCCCGAGUUCAAUAGUUUCAAUAGCUUGUCCACUAUGUACGCCGAAAAGAAGCCUUCAGCAAAGCGACUUAUCAAACUUCUUGAUGCCAAACCAAAUUCAGACGCCGAUCGCGCUUGCCUUGACCAUUUGAAGAGGUACAUAAAGUCAUUAGAUGAGACCAUGAUGGGUGGUUUUCUACAGUUUAUCACAGGAAGCAAUAUUAUCACAGUGUCUAAUAUUGCUGUAUCGUUCAAUUCAAACGAAGGUCAUUCCCGAGGGAUUGUCGCGCAUACCUGUGGCCCUUUGUUGGAAGUACCGUCAACUUACCAAUCGUACAACGAACUCGCAGAGGACUUCAGUAAUAUUUUAAGAAACUCGUUUGCUUGGUCAUUUAUAAUCGUAUAAAACACUUUAUCACUACUGGCUGUGAUAAUUCCUAUACUUGUUUGUUUGUUUCUUGUUAGUUUCUAUGCUAUAUGGCCUUACAUUAAUUAUAGCUUUCUCUGCUUUGUAAAUGCAAAACUCGAGCUUGCUAGACACUUUAAUCGUGCGCUCAUUACCAAUUUUAAGCCCCGUUUACACUAUACACAAACUAACCCGGGUCGAACCCUGGGUUUGUUUACAUUAGUGUUGAUUCGACCCGGAUUAGUAUGUGUAGUGUAAACGGGCUUAAAAGUAUGCGUUGUGUUGAUAUUUGUAAA